AUGAAGAACACGUUCAACGCGCAAAACGCCCAAUACGCACGGGCUGCCAACGUGUUGGGCGCCAUUCAGCCGGUUGCGUCCGGAAGUCACGAGCGAACCGCUACGGAAAAGCGGAAGGUCGCCUCCGAGGCCAGCGCCGAAAAGAGGGUCUGCGAGCAGGAGCGACAACCCGAGCUCCCUUGGCUAACAGCGUUGGCAGCACUACAAGUCCCACCUAGUCGUUAUUCUAUUUCCUUGAAAACUAUCGAGAAUGUGCCUCCACGACCUACGAACGAAUUUGCUCACGAGAUGAACAUUCACAAGGCCUUCGAGAUUGCCGAUUUGCCACCGAUAAAGACCCCACCGGCCGGGGUGCCGGCGAGCUCGACCUCCGUGCUGUCGUCGGCCCUUUCGGAGUUGAGCGCCCAGAAAAAGCCCGAAAUAGUGGCCGUCACCGUGAAAACUGAACCCGGGUGCGAAGACCCUGAAACUGAAAGCCUUCUGAAGAUGUUCACGAAGCGUCAUCACGGGGUGAGGGUAUUCUCCGUGUUAUGGUUU